UUAUCAAACAAUUAUAUUCUUUUUAACAGAAGAGCAGAUUAAUUAUAAUAUAUAAUUAUUUUCGACAUGCAAAACAUAAUUUGUGUUGACGAUUUCCAGACUGUUGGACGGCCAAAUAAGAUCACAAUACCUUAAGGUACGGUGGCAGCAUAACACAAAAACAGAAUAGUUACAGUCUCACAGUAGCUCAUUUCAAGUCGCAUUUUAAUUGGAAUUUGUUUAUGCUGAUUAUUCGCAAUGGACCGAUAUGCGGUGAGCUCGUUGGUAGGCCAAGGCUCAUUUGGCUGUGUGUAUAAAGCACAGCGGCGUGGUGAUGACAAAGUGGUUGCCAUCAAAGUCAUAUCAAAGCGUGGGCGAUCGAAUCGUGAACUUAAAAAUUUGAGACGAGAAUGCGACAUCCAGGCGCGCUUAAAGCAUCCACAUGUGAUUGAAAUGGUCGAAUCCUUCGAGUCCAAGUUCGAUUUAUUUGUGGUUACAGAGUUUGCAGUUAUGGAUUUACAUCGAUACUUAUCGUUUAAUGGUGCUAUGCCUGAGGAGCAUGCACAGCGAGUUGUCUGCCAUUUGGUCUCGGCACUGUAUUAUCUGCACUCGAAUCGCAUACUUCAUCGUGAUCUAAAGCCGCAAAACGUGCUUUUAGAUAAAAAUAUGCACGCGAAGCUUUGUGAUUUUGGGCUGGCUCGCAACAUGACAAUGGGCACUCAUGUAUUGACAUCUAUUAAGGGAACCCCACUUUAUAUGGCACCCGAGUUACUUGCCGAACAGCCGUAUGAUCAUCAGGCGGAUAUGUGGUCACUGGGAUGCAUUGCGUAUGAAAGCAUGGCAUCGCAGCCGCCAUUCUGUGCCACGUCCAUACUUCAUUUGGUGAAGUUGAUCAAACACGAGGAGGUCAAAUGGCCAAGUACACUCAGUAGCGAUUGUCGCUCCUUUUUGCAGGGUCUGCUCGAAAAGGAUCCCAGCAUGCGAAUCUCCUGGACGCAGCUGCUGUGUCAUCCAUUUGUUGAGGGCAAACUCUACAUAGCCGAAGUGCAGGCAGCCCAAAGCUCACCAUUCAUAAAUCCCCAGCUAGCCAAGGACAUCAAAAAGGCACAUCAUUCAAGCCAUAUAGGUGCAGAAUUAGGUGAUGUUCUGGCCGCGCUUAAACUGAGCGAUGUAAUCAAUGAAAACUUGACAACCUCUCGGGACAGUAUCAACGCAAUUGCCCCCAGUGAUAUUGAGCAGCUUGAAACUGAUAUGGAGGAUAAUGUGCAACGAGUUGUUGUGCCAUUUGCAGAUGUCUCCUACAGGGAGAUGCCAAACGUCCAUGCAGUCAUAGCUGCUGCUACUGCUGACGGUGGUGUUGGUGGUGGUGAUGUUAUGCCACUAAUUAAUUCACAGACUUGCUUCGUUAGCGGAAACUCAAAUAUGAUACUUAAUCAUCUUAACGACAAUUUUCCAAUCGAAAUGCCUAUCACAAGCGCAGCUAAAUGUAUGAAGUCUAAGCUGAAGAUGUCAUUUAAUAUUAAACAAUCUCGUAACAAGGAUCUCGAGAAACGAAAACUCAGCCAAAAUUUGGAUAACUUCUCAUUGCGGCUGGGCCAAAGCAUUGACUCAGAGACUCAGCGAAAAACCACUGAGAUGCUAACACAGCAAUCGCAUUCGCAUUCACAACAGCUACAAGAUAAGAGGUCUCAACAGCUAAAGCAAUCAAUACAUUCCAACAACGAUGAGAAACUCAGCAGCGAUAACUCGCCUCCCUGUCUUUUGCCCGGGUGGGAUAGUUGUGAUGAAUCCCAGAGUCCACCCAUUGAAAACGACGAGUGGCUGGCGUUUUUGCAUCGAUCCAUACAGGAGCUGCUUGACGGGGAAUUUGAUUCUCUUAAACAGCACAAUUUAGUCAGUAUUAUUGUGGCGCCAUUGCGCAACUCUAAGGCCAUACCCAAAGUGUUGCAGAGCGUUGCACAGUUGCUUUCUCUACCCUUUGUACUGGACGAGCAUUUGACAGCAGAGUCUAUUAAAAGCGUUUAUAUUGAUGUCAAGCUGGUACCUAAUCUUAUGUACGCCUGCAAACUACUUCUUUCGCAGCGACAGCUGACGGAUUCGGCUGCAUCGUUGCCAACGGCUACCGGAGUAUCGAUAAGUCGAACGCUACGCAGUGUUUCCGACUUGAAUACUGAGGAGAUGAGUACUGCAUGCAGUCUGUACGAGCUGGUUUGCCAUUUGGUGCAUCAGCAGCAACAGUUCCUUAGUCAAUUCUGCGAUGCUAUGGCAAUACUCGCAGUCAACGAUAUGUUUAUCAAUUUUCUUACACAUGAUUUUAGGGACAACAAUGCGGUUCGUCUGACAAGCUGUAUGUUAGCUCUUUUCUGUUGCGUAUUGCGUGAGCUACCAGAGAAUGCUGAGCUUAUAGAAAAGAUUGUAUUUGAUCCGCGUCUGCGAUUCAGUACUCUGCUGCAGAGUCGUCACGAGCUCUUGCGUCAGCGUGCUUGUCAGAUGCUAUUACUAUUAGCGCGCUUCAGUCUACGUGGCGUCCAGUGUAUCUGGAAUGGAGAGCUAAAGAGUGCUUUACAAGCACUGGCGGAUCAGCAAACAUGUCAAUUGACGCGCUUUGAGGCCUCCCAGACAUUGGAUGAGCUCAGCCAAUUUAGCUUCUUUGUUGCCUAGACAACUGCUUAUACUUUAUUAAAUGUUAUUUGAUUUGUUCAAAUGUAAA